GUUCAAACCAAUGACCUGACCGUACAAUACGACAAAUUAUACGAUUCCAUAUACAGUCAUAAGAAAAAACAGACCCAAACGUGUAGUACUCCUAUUUUGAGACAAAAUUCUAGUGAAAAUAGUGGUUCCGGUAAUUCAUGCAAUGGUUAUGGGAAUGGAAAACAUACGCGAACUCCGAGUUCUGGCUGUCCGGCCACUCCUAACGAUGAACAAAGUCUCGAAGCCUUUCCUUUCGACGGAGCCAUCAGUCAAGACAUUUUCGAUAUCGACGGACACGUUCUCAUACGUGACAAACUUCUCGUUAGACUUCAACAGAUCAUCGGAUCCAAUAAGAAUGAGAUCGAGAACUUGAGACGAGAACUCUAUUUGGCGCGUUUGGCACUCUGUCAACAAGUGAAGUAUUGCAAUGCCAUCAAUGAUGAGCCAUCAGCUCUGAAUAACGGAUCCAAUUGUGUGGACUAUAUGUCAGAAAAUGCGUCAAUGGAUUCGUGGGUGGA